AAUCAAAAGGUGUUAAAACUCGAUUGUGACUUGUGUGAGAUGGAUGUUUUGGGAGCGAGUGGACUAACUCACUCACUCACUACUACCUCCCAUUUUGCUAUCUCUGUUUUGAAUUGCUGAAUCAUUGCGCAGAGUUUAAAUUGAAAUUGAAAUUGAAAUUGAAAUUGUAACUGAAACUGAAAGGGCUCUAUUUGGUAUUUUCUGCAUCCAAACUCGUCAUGCCAUCAACAAAUAUCACAGAUUAGUUGGUAUCUUUACAAGGUGGAAGCUUUAGUUGCUAUGAUCCUCUGAAGAAUCAUUCAAGAAUCCAGUUGAUUAAGUGAACUUGAAAAAUUUAUUUAGAGUGGUAAAAGUAAAUCAGAAAGAUGGGAUCUUUCAUAGGUCAUAUUUUGCCAGGAACCUUAUUUCUUCUAGUUGGAGUAUGGCAUAUAUGGUGCUCUGUGGUCAGAUAUGUGUCAAGUCCUAACACAUUCCGAGUACGGGUAUGGAAUCCUGUACCAGCAUUUGAUGGAAGGCUCAAGCACUUGGAACUCUAUGUUAUUUCAAUUGGUGCUUUCAUUGACUUGUGCAUUGAGCUCUUAGUUGCAACACAACUCAAGUUUUUUGUUGGUGGAAUCUUGAAUUCGACUUACUUGAACAACUUCGAGCACUCAGGAAUGCUUCUGAUGUUUUUUAUCUUUGGUGUCGUUACCCUUCUCUCAGAAAAGACAAGAUAUCUUCCCUUGCCCGAAGGUUCUCUUUGUUUGAUUGCUGCCACAGCAUUCACUGCAGAGUAUCUUCUAUUUUACUUUCAUUCAACAACACACAAAGGCUUAGAAGGCUAUUAUCAUGUCCUCCUUGCCUUCCUAAUUGGCCUUUGUAUUUUAUCUUCAAUUGCCGGAGCCCUUCUUCCAACCAGUUUCCCAGUUGAUUUAUGUAAGAGCAUUGCCAUAACACUGCAAGGAAUCUGGUUCUAUCAAACAGCUUUUGUUCUCUACGGUCCUAUGCUACCGGCCGGUUGUAAGAUGAAGGACAAUAUUAUCACAUGUCAUUCGAGUGAGAGUGAGGUUCGUGGUGAAUUGCUUGCUAAUGUUCAGAUCUUUUUCGCAGUCCUUGCUGUUCAUGUUGGAACUGUUGCAUCCUUUAGUUUUGCAGCUUCAAGAUAUGGGAAUUUUGAAGAACCUGCUCCCAAGUCAGGCUUUUGAUUAGAUGAAGACUGAUGUAGAAUUUGAUAUUAUGUUUUCAUUCUUUUUGGGUGAAUGUAAUAUAUUUGGAGUAAACAAGGGCUGCAUUUGUAGGAAAUGAUUUUUAGAAGGUCAAAUGUAACGUAGAUUUGUAAAUUAUUUAAUUUUUUGGCAUACAAUUACAAUGUAAAUUUAAAUAAUGUGAGGUGAGGGAGUAUCCUGGAUUAAACUUGCAUCCAUGAUCAAUAUUCUUUGGUGCAUUUACUCUUUCCUUAA